AUGGACGGUGUUCAAAAAGUAUUGCUCAGCUUAUUGUUGGGGUUACUAUUGGUUUUGCUAAUUUUUUACAUUCAAAACAAUUCUUUUAAGUCUAAUAAAUCCAAAUCAAAAACUCCAACAUUUUUAAUAAUUGGUAGUAAUAAUUCUGGUAAAACAUCAUUAUAUUAUAAACUUAAAUCAAUUAAUAAGGAAGAACUACCAACCAGUACCAUAUCCUCACUUGAACCUAACGAUGGGUUAAUCCAAUUACCGUUUUCGAAUGAAGCUAUUCAAAAACCUUUUAGAAUAGUUGAUUUCCCAGGACAUUUAAAAUACACUACAUUAUUGAAAAAAUUGAUAUUAGAAGAUAUUACAUUAGAUAAUUUAAAAGGAAUUGUUUUCGUUAUCGAUAGUUCAUCAAAUUCAAUUAAUCAAGAGAAUAAAAUCAAGAAUAUAACCAAAUUAAUCUUUGAAAUAUUAUCACAAACUGAAAAAUUACCCAAUGGGAUUGAUUUUCUAUUUGCCGUCAAUAAAACUGAUUUAUUUGAUAGUUUACCAAUACAUAGAAUCAAAACUUUAUUACAAACAUCCAUGAAUGAAAUCAUUCAUAAUGAAUUGAAUAGAUCAGGUACCGGAGGUUAUGAUGAUGAUGAUGAAAUAGAAUCAGAUAAAGAUGAUACUGUUAGACAAUUAUGGUCGAUUAUAGUACCAAAAGAUCAAAGCUUCCGUUUUGAAAUGUUAGAAGGUAAUAUGGAGUUUAAGCCUGGUUCAGUUUUGAAAAACAAAAUUGAAGACUGGGAAAAUUGGUUUGACGAAAGAGUGGUUAAUUAUGGUGGUAUGUAA